AUGCGUGUGUACGCCGUCGCGCUCCUGGGCACUGCUGCACUCCCGAUAUGCGUAUCGAGUUCGUUCGGCUUGAACGAGACUGUGGUCGACGUUUCGACCGGUGUUCGCACCAAUGUCGGUGUCCACAGCAGGGGCCCGGCCGAUCGUCCCGUGAAGGUGCGCUCUACCACGGACGAGGAAGACAAGAUGCCGCAAGACUUGGCCUCUUUCGUAUCUGUAGAACAACGUAACAUUCUACGACCAGAUAUGGUGUUGAAGAAAGUCAUGGGUAUAUUGCACGCCAAUCGCGACGUGUACAAACUUACAGAUGAAGCUGUUGGUCGCUUAAAACAGAUUGACGCGCAUGUCUUGCCGCAGAUUGUCGAGGAGGUGAUAGCUCGGUGCAAUGCUGCGGGAAUUGAGCUGCAAUAUACACAGGAGAGCACCCUUCUCAAUUUGAUUGUUGGUCACGCUCGUAAAUCUGCCGACAGUGAAAAGCACCUCGUGCAGACGAUCUUGAACGAGAAGAAGAGACAACCGCAAACGAUGUACGACCAAUUUUUACCCGAUUUGGAAGCCAAACAGGGACACGCUUUUGACGACCAAACACGUAGCGUGAAGAGCGAGCCGAUGCAGACUGGACAUGAGUCGCUGGAUUCAUUGUUGGUAGCCUUCGGUGGCGCCGCCGAACUCGCGCCUAUUUUGUCGAUCGCGAAGAAGAGUCAAGUCGUUGGGCAUAGAGCAGAGGAGUUGCAGCGUGUGAUGCUUAACAGUUGGCUGGGUUAUGGCGAUCCUGUUGAUGUGUUUAACUGGCUCAAGCUCUCGGAAUUGAGAAGCAUCACAUACGAAGAUCUGGAUACUUUCGCGCAAUACAUUGACCUCUAUGAUAAGAAAUAUGGCAAGGAGACGGAUAUGCUUUCGUUUUUAAGAGGGGAGCUUACUGACAGCAAACUCGCAAUGAUGAUACUGGAAGGAACAAAGCCUUUCAAGAACGUUGAUGAAGGUUACGUUUGGCAACGAGACGAUGGCAUAUCGGCCGUCGAUUUCGUCAGCAGUAUUCUUUACAUGGCAGUGAACGCGGACAGCCUGCUGGGUCCGUUGCUGGCAGCUACUGGUGGCGCCGCCAGACUCGCGCCUAUUCUUUCGGCCGCAAAGAGGCAUCCAGUCAUCGGGUUCAGAGCAGAGCGGCUGCAGAAUGCAAUGCUCAAGAGGUGGCUGGACAGUAGCAAAUCUGUCGUCAAUGUUUUUGGUUUGCUGAAGCUUUCGAAAUUGAGGAAGCAGGGCAUCACAUUCGAAGUUCUGGAUACUUUCUCGCAAUACAUUAAACUUCGUAACGAGAGACAUGAUGAAAGAACGGAUAUGUUUGAGUGGUUACGAAUGAAGCUCGGCAACGAUAACCUCGCACUGAUGGUACUAAAAGGAUCGGGGACUUUUGCAAACAAUGGUGAAGGGUUUGUUUGGAAACGGGUAGGCGAUGGCAAAUCGGCCGCCGAUUUCGUCAGCAGUAUCCUUGUUCAAGAAGUCGAUGUACAGAGCCUACUGGAUCCGUUGUUGGUACUUUUCGGUGGCCCCGCCAGACUCGCACCUAUUUUGUCGAUCGCGAAGAAGAGUCAAGUCGUUGGGCAUAGAGCAGAGGAGUUGCAGCGUGUGAUGCUUAACAGUUGGCUGGGUUAUGGCGAUCCUGUUGAUGUGUUUAACUUGCUCAAGCUCUCGGAAUUGAGAAGCAUCACAUACGAAGAUCUGGAUACUUUCGCGCAAUACAUUGACCUCUAUGAUAAGAAAUAUGGCAAGGAGACGGAUAUGCUUUCGUUUUUAAGAGGGGAGCUUACUGACAGCAAACUCGCAAUGAUGAUACUGGAAGGAACAAAGCCUCGCAAGAACGUUGAUGAAGGUUACGUUUGGCAACGAGACGAUGGCAUUUCGGCCGUCGAUUUCGUCAGCAGUAUUCUUUACAUGGCAGUGAACGCGGACAGCCUGCUGGGUCCGUUGCUGGCAGCUACUGGUGGCGCCGCCAGACUCGCGCCUAUUCUUUCGACCGCAAAGGGGUAUCCAGUCAUCGGGCCUAGAGCUGAGCGGCUGCAGAAUGCGAUGCUUACGAGUUGGCUGAAUAGUGGCAAAUCCGUGGGCGAUGUUAUUGGCUUGCUCGAGAUGAACAACUUGAAAAUUGAUGACAUCUCACGUGCAGAAGAUGACAUUUUGGAGCAGUACAGUGCAGGUUCUGACACUUUGAAGGAGUACAUCAAACUCUAUCACGAAAAACAUGGUACCGACAUGGAUUUGGCUUCGUGCGUCGAAGCGGAGAAGAUUGAGAAAGCACUUGCAAAUGAGCGGGGAAAAAGGAAGGGAGAGACCCAGAAAAGGAAGGGAGUCUCACAGCCCGCGACUAUACGUGCUGUUCGGCAAAAACGGCUAGGCUGA